GCUGGUGUGAGGUUCCUCUCCUCUGCUGCACUCUCACAGUUCGACUGAGCCACCAGCCUGCGUGAAGUUUGCUCCACAGUGUUCUGCUCAUGGACAACRUGUCACCUGCCCUGCUUGGACCACACUGCAACCUGUUUUUGAUCUUCUGUUGCUUUUUGCCGGCUGCCAUCUAGAUGCAACRACAAGACUGAAAUAAAGACAACGAUCUAAAUAUAUAACUUUUUAUUCAGCUGUCCUCAGUCAUGGGGGCCACAGGCUAUGGCUACUAUCGUGUAGUCAUUUUCAUUUGCAUGUUUAUUGGUUACUCUCUGUAUUUCUUUAACAGGAAGACAUUCUCUUUUGUAAUGCCCUCUGUGAUGGAGGAGAUAGUACUGGACAAAGAUGACUUGGGUUUGAUCACCAGCAGUCAGACCAUGGCUUACGCCAUUAGUAAAUUCAUCAGCGGAGUGCUGUCAGAUCAGAUCAGUGCCCGGUGGCUUUUCUCCAUCGGCCUCUUCUUGGUGGGRGGCAUCAAUGUAGCCUUUUCCUGGUCCUCAACUGUAUCCAUGUUCUCACUGCUCUGGUUCAUCAACGGCCUGGGUCAGGGCUGCGGCUGGCCCCCAUGUGGAAAGGUGCUGCGCAAGUGGUAUGAGCCCUCACAGUUUGGGACGUGGUGGUCCGUGCUGUCCUGCAGCAUGAACCUGGCUGGAAGUCUGGGUCCCAUUUUGGUCACAGUACUACUUCAGUACUACGACUGGAGAACGAUCCUGACCAUGUCGGGGGUUUUCUGUGCCUCCUUCUCAUUCGUUUGUCUGGUGUUUGUGAAGAACGAGCCAAAAGAUGUGGGCCUUCCCAGCAUUGAGUUAGCAGCCAAAAAGAGGGCAAAGGGAGGCAGCAGUGAGAGCACRCUGAGAGAGUUCCUGCUCUCUCCCUUCCUGUGGGUGCUGUCUCUGGGUUACUUGGUGGUGUUUGGGGUGAAGACGGCAGCCACUGACUGGGGACAGCUGUUCCUCAUGCAGGAGAAAGGCCAAACUGCUCUCAUGGGAAGUACUUACAUGAGUGCCUUGGAGGUGGGAGGUUUUGUCGGCAGCCUCGCAGCAGGUUUUAUCUCAGACAGAGCUGUAGCUCGGCAAAGCCUGAAGACCCACGGCAGUCCUCGACAUGGCCUGCUCAUUCUCAUGAUGGCUGGCAUGUACGUGUCCAUGUACCUGUUCAGAGUGACCAUCACCCCUGAAAUACCAAAGGAGGCUCCUCUUUGGGUCCAAGUUCUGCAUCCAGUGUCCGUUCUCCUCCAUGUGUCAGAGAAAGAGAUAUGGAUUCUGUUCCUUGGUGCCAUGUUUGGAUUUUCUUCUUAUGGACCAAUUGCCUUGUUUGGAGUUAUAGCAAGUGAAUGUGCUCCGUCAAAUUUUUGUGGAACGUCUCAUGCAGUUGUAGCUUUGAUGGCGAAUGUGGGAGCCUUCAUGGCAGGACUUCCCUUCAGUACUGUUGCCAAGCAGCACAGCUGGGACAUGGCCUUUUGGAUGGCUGAGGUGAUAAUGGGCAUUACCACUGUGGGGUUCUUCCUUGUGCGAAACAUGCGCACCAAAAUGGGACGGAUCAKUGAGAAGACGGACUAGUGCACAGAAAACAUCUCAGUUGUUAGAACUGUACUGUAUUGAACAAAGCUGUUGUCAAACAAACUAUUUUUAAGGUAUGUCGCCACCAGAUUAUAAAUGCUCAACGAGUCUUUAUGCAAAUCACUUUGUAUUUGAGUCUACACAUUUUAGUGUUUGGAUUUUAUCAUCAGGAAGACAUCAAAUAACAUGAGAAGACAUUUUGAAAUUGUUUGGUUUCCUUCUGAUUUUUACUAUAAAAAACAUCAAAAUCAGCAGCAAACUGAAAUUAAUAAAGGACCUGUUUUCAUGUAAUUUGACAACUUUUAAAAACUCAAAUAACCACUCAAUUUUUUURAAUACCGCUUCCUGAUAAGUAAAUUUGAUUACUACAUCAUGCAUGGAACCAUCUGUUACAAAAUAGUCAUAUAAGCAUAAAAUUGAUUCAUCAGCAGCACAUGCAGAAGAUCCUAUCUGCUCACAACUGUAUAUUUAAAAUCUUCCACUCAGUUUUAACCACUUCUCAGUGACUAAAAUAAUUUAACAGGUCCUCUGGA